AUGCGCUGCGUUAAGAUUUCUCAAUAUGUGAAAGGACCACAAGAGCUCACUGUAACGACAGAACCGACCCCUCAGCCGCAUGCUGAGAAAUACCUCAUCCGUAUCCAUGCAGCAGGCACAAACUUCUUCGACCUUCUUCAGAUCCAAGGUAAAUACCAGCAUCAACCACCUCUACCGUGGAUCUCUGGUGCUGAGUUCGCUGGUGUGAUCCUCGCUACACCUACAGAUUCCAAGAAGACAGGCAGCUCAGUAGUAGGCAGUUUCGAUGGUACCAUAAGCACACAAACAGGACACAGGUUCAAGGUUGGAGACCGAGUAUUUGGAUCGAGUCAGGGUGCAUAUGCAACACACAUCCUCGCCCCGGAAAGCAGUCUACUGCCCAUACCCGAAGGUUGGAGCUUUGAAGACGCUGCCGGACUCUAUGUCACGAUGCCGACAGCCUAUGGUGGUUUGCUAGUGCGGGGAGAGACCAAGCCGAGUGAGUGGGUACUGAUUCACGCUGGUGCUGGUGGUGUGGGCUUGUCUGCAGUCUUGGUUGCGAAAGCGAUAGGUGCCACAGUGAUUGCAACGGCAGGAACGGAAAGAAAGAGACAAAUCUGCUUGGAUUAUGGUGCAGACUAUGUCAUCGAUUACAAGCAGAAGGACUGGCCUCAAAAAGUCAUUGAGAUUUGCAAGAAGAACCGUACAGGCAAUGGUCAGGCCGGUGUAGACGUAGUAUACGACCCAGUCGGCAUGAUCGACCCAUCGAUAAAAUGCAUCACCUGGAACGGCCGGCUCGUUGUCAUUGGUUUCGCAGGCGGCAAUAUCGAAAAGCUGGCUUUGAAUAGGGUACUCUUAAAGAAUAUCUCCAUCGUUGGCCUGCAUUGGGGCAGGUAUGCUGUGAUGGAGAACGAGACACUGCAUUCAACAUGGAAAGGCAUAUUCGAGAUGAUAAACAAAGGCCAAAUACGAGGCAUCACAUAUACCGACAAGCAAUACAUAGGCCUGGAAAGCUUGCCUGCUGCUUUGACAGCGCUUGGUGGUCGAGAUACAUGGGGCAAGGUCGCGAUAACGAUACCGGAUGAUGAAGAGCAUGUGAAGAGCAAAUUAUAG